AUCCUCUAAAGAGGCAGCGAUAUAAUAUAUAUUAUGUUGAUAUAUUUUUAUCGCUAAAUAUCUCUUUGCUUAUCUAACAAUAAGGGGUGCCUGGCAUAUAUGACAAGGAUCCUUCCCUUCCAGGCUCAUUGUCAGUCAUCCGAGAAUGGCGAAACUGGUCGGCAUAUUAGGCAGGUCAGUCCUUGUCGACUGGGGCAUCCUAGUGGCAGAGGGACUCACCGUGAUUCUGGUGCCGCUCUUGAACGUUCCUAUUAAUCGCGGGUUUUCCUGCUCGGACAAUUCAAUCCGCCUACCCUACCUAGAAGGUACCAUUCCAACAUGGGCACUUGGCGUCAGCUUUAUCGUUGGAGGCCUAGCAUUGAUGGUUUUACUUGAAAUUUUCCUUUCAACCCCCGGUCCGAGUGGCAUUCUGAUAAGACGUCGCGACUUGCGAGUGUGGCUGGUUCAACUUUACUCGGUUGUAACCGCAUUUCUUUGCGGCGCAGGAUUCAGCCAAAUAACCACCGAUAUUGCCAAAUACCACAUAGGAGCCCUGCGGCCGCACUUCUUUGACGUGUGCGAGCCUGAUAUCUUUUGCAAUAGUGUAAAAGAUCCGUUCGAGUAUUUCAAAUUCGGGUCUAGCUUUGUUGGAAAUUAUUAUGAAUGCGAUGGUGGGAUUCUAUCCCGAAUCAGAGAAGCCCGUUUAUCUUUUCCUUCUGGACACGCCAGUUUAUCCUUCUUUGUUUCCACCUAUCUCAUAUUCUACCUCCAAAGCAGAUUAAGGGAAGACGACCAAACACAGCGAACAUUAGCGUGCUUCCUCUUUAGGCCGUUCGUUCAAGGGUUAGCUCUUUUGGCCGCGUGGUUCACAGCUGUGUCAAGGGUCAUGGACAACAUGAGCCACUGGAGAGAUGUCAUUGCUGGAAGUCUAAUAGGAAUAACUCCUGCCGUUUUGAUUAUUCAAAGCUUAAAACCAUUCAGAGAGUUCCAAAAAAUCCAAGUGGAGUCUUCGCUGCCCGUCACUGACGACAUCAAAAGAAAUUCAAAUUGACGCAUGAGCACAUAUUAUUUUUCUCACUGCUCAACUCAAUUUAAUAUUCGUUUAUUUGCAUAACUUAAAAGAAAACAGUUGCAUACUUGUACACAUAAUUUAAAUAAACGAACCGUCAAAGAGAAACAGUGCGUGAAGAAUAUUUUU